CGCCGCCCUCGAUGACGCAGGCGGCGGGAGUCUGGGAGAGAAGUAAACAUUCAGUCCAUCAUUGAUCAAAAGGAACAAUGGAUCCCAAGCCGUCUGGAGUAAACACACUGUAGAGCUUCUGCACAUUAUCUAACACCAGAACACGGAAGAAUAUCUUCAUGUGAGCUUGCAGGUGUGAUGCAGGCCGUGGAGGAAGUACAGUCCUCACUCUCAGACAGAGUGGAGAUGAUGGGUGUGAGGGAGCAGGAGGACAAAUCCACAGGAGAGGACACACAAAAAGAAAGUGAAGAAGCCACUAAAACUGAGGACAUGGCUGAGGAUGAACAAGAUGAGGAGAAAGGCAAAGAGUUUAUAGAAGCAGACAAACAGAACGAGGGAACAAAGGAGUAUGAAGACAUGACCAAUGGAGGCCAGAGCCAGCAGGAUGAAGAUGACUGGGAAAUCCCGUACAGUGACGAGGAGCUGGAGGAUCCGAAAAACUGGAUGCCUCCACCUGAGGAGAUCAAGCGUUUGUAUGAGCUGCUGGCUAAAGGAGAAAUGCUGGAGCUGAAGUGGAUCCCUCUGCCUCGUAGACCUCCAACUCCACCACGCACUCCUUCUCCAGAGAGAGAUGGAGAGAACUCGGAUGAGGAUAAGCAGGAGGAGAGCGAGCGCAAGCCUCCCACACCCACGGAGUUUGAUUUUGAUGAAGAGCAAACCUCACUGACGCCAAAGAACACUUUCCUUGGAAGACGCAGAACACCAGGUUCCUCCAUUCGUUCCACGGUGAAGCGAACAGCUCAGCUUGACAAGGUCCUGUCCGACAUGAAGCGCCACCAAAAGCUCGAGGAACAGAUCCUCAGGACGGGUCGUGACCUUUUCAAAAGCGAGAAAUCCACACAGGAGCGCUCGUCUCCCAGCACUCAGAGGGAACGAGACAAGGAGAGAGAGAGACACAGCGACCCCAGUACCAUCUUCAGCCCCAGACAGAGGAGAUACUGAGUGAAUAUAGAGGAAUGGGGACAGUUUUGGUUCAUACCCUUAUUUUGGGCUAAUGAUCCAUUUCAUUUUUAAGAACAGAUGAUGACUUGUUUCUUUGUUCAUUUUGAUGUGUUUUUUACAAUCAGGUUUAAACACACUUGUGGAUUUGAGUGAUUGUGUUAAUAUGAAAUGUAUGAAAGAGACACCGGGUAAAAUAUUAUUCAGUUGAAUAAAUGUCUUAUGGUGAUGACAAUCUUUUGAUUUUUAGAGUCAACAUGUAAACACACAAAUCCUGACCCAUAGAGUGAACCAUGGACUGUUGUAGUUUUUUGUCUCGGAUCAUUUCAGCUUUCAUUUUAACAGUUGCAGCACAGCUAAGUUCAAAUCCCAGGUCAGUCUGAAAGCCACUACUGAGCCCAUAAGCUCAUCUACCUGACUUCAUGACUGGAUUGGAUUCUGCUUUGCUAUAGCAAUACACUAUGCACGAGCAGGCAAAAUUUUGGACACACGAGAUGUCAUUGUCUUUACAUAUUCAUCGAUGAUGAUGAUACUUUUUUUUUAAUCAAAAUGUAUUUUAGUAAGUAUUUUAUACUUAAAUCAAGUAGUAGUUACUGAAAAUUCAAUUGUUUCCCCCAAACCAGUGGUUUUCAUUUCGAACCUAUAGCACCUAUUUGGGGACUUAAAGUGUAUGUAAUGCCUUAUUGUAAUGCUUUAAAAUGAAUAUAUAUCAUUAGUAAUGACCAAAAUGAAUUAAUAAAGCAUGGGGGGAAAUAUUAUUCGUUAUCUUAUCAGGCACAAAAUUAUCAGUAAAUCGCGGAUUCUGGAUAAAGGCAGCCUUGCCCCAGGGCUAAUCUCGCAUGAUGUCACAUGUGGAACCCCAGUUAUCUGGGUCAUUUUGGUUCAUCUGACUCCAUGCUUGUUUACUUGCUGAAAUUGGAUAUUGUUGUUGGAAUCUUAGUAAAAUAACGAUGUGAAA